GGCGGGAUAUCAAAUGCAUUUGGACGAAAACCGGUAUUGAUUACACUCAACAUGUUAUUCUUGAUUGGAUCCUUUUGGUGUGGAUAUGCAAAUUCGUUUGAACAAGUGGUUAUUGCACGAGCAAUUUCGGGUCUUGGAGGUGGCGGGAUAGUAUUGAUUGGUAAUAUAAUUCUUCAUGAUAUAGUAUCUCGAGAACAUCUUGGGUUAUACUUAGGAUACUACAAUACAGCCGGAAUGCUUGGAUUUGGCCUUGGUGGACCGAUAGGUGGAUUUAUUACAGACUAUUUCGGAUGGCGAUAUUGCUUCAAGAUCAACAUUAUACCCAUGAUGAUCAUCAUAGCUAUCUACACCUUAUAUUUCCAAAACUACACGGGACCUCAGAAAAACCAAAAAGCCGGUUUGACGAUAAAGGAAAGACUUCGGAUCGUCGAUUUCGGUGGAAUUUUACUUCUUUCUAUUGCCAACAUAUCCUUAGCAUGUGCCCUCUUUCUAGGAGGAAAUGCUUACAACUGGUCCAGUCCUCAGAUGAUUGUGAUUUUGGCUUCAAUGGCUGUCGGAUACCUUCUCUUUUUCAUUCACGAGCGUCGAUGGGCAGCCAACCCGUUGAUAUCACGCGCAGCAUUGCGCGACCGUAAUUUUACGACGUCGUGCAUAUGCAGCUUUUCAGCAGCCGCAUGUGAAGGAGCAGCCGUUACUGUUAUACCGCAAUUUCUUAUGGGCGUGCUUUACUUCGACACUUCGAAAGCUGGGUUGUGGGUCAUGGCAAAUGCAGCAGCAACACCUGUUGGAACUAUUCUAGCUGGAUGCUAUAUGCAAUGGAGUGGUCGCUUUAAACGCUUUUUACUUGCAGAUAUGGCAUCAUACCUUUUGAUGGUUAUCGUCUUUUACAACUGGGUGUCGGGCAUAGUCCCGAUUAGCGUGGGUACAAUGGGAAUCGUUCUGGAAGGUGUCUGUUAUGGUGGUAUCCAAGUAUGUAUCAUUGUGGCCUGCACCAGCACUCUAUCCAAAGAAUUGGCCGCUACAGCAUUGUCGAUUUACACAUUGGCUCGUUUUAUGGGUUAUUUGGCUGGUACUGCAGUCGUAUCCUCGAUUGUACAUUAUACUUUGAAAACAGUACUACCGACUAAAAUCGAUGGCGAAAAUGCAGAAAAGGUAAAAAUAAUACGGGUGAUGUUUCCUCUGGAGUGGACUUUUGGAAUGAUAAUAGAAUAA